GGAGGGCGACCGCGGCCCGGCGGGGCGGGCGGGCCGGUGGACAGGCGAGAGAACCGGCCCAGCCGGAGAACGGGAGGAGGACGCGACCCAGCGUGUUGGGGAUGUGACCCUGCGGCCAGAGAGGAGGACCGAGGCGGUCCCCGUGAGUGAGCGCCCGCGCCCCCGCCGCGCGCACGGCCCAGCCUCGCUGCCACUUUCAUUUCUUCGGCUGUCCCGGCGUGGCCUCGACCGGAGGCGACGUCCGCCCCAAGGCAGGCUGGCCGCAGGCGCUCGGUCCGGGGUCCGAGGCUCAGAGCUGUGAAAGUCGGGGUUGGGGGUGGCGGUGUUUGAGGGGGGCGUGUCUUCGGGAGCGGAAACGUCAGGCCUGCGCCUCUGGGUCCUAAGACAGCACAAUACAGCCAGCCUCUCCCACGCUGCACCACCUGGUCCACAGGGCACCCCUGAAGUCAUCUUAUCCAGGCCCCUGCCUCCUGGAGGGCCUGCAGGAAGCCUCUGCCACCUCUCUAAUAGUCAACAGGCAGCCACAGGUCCUGCCCCUGGACACCUUGCCCUCAGCCCCGCCUGGCCAUGGCACUGUGCCUGAAGCAGGUGUUCGCCAAGGACAAGACAUUCCGGCCUCGGAAGCGCUUCGAACCAGGCACACAGCGCUUCGAGCUGUACAAGAAGGCACAGGCAUCACUCAAAUCAGGCCUGGACCUGCGCACUGUGGUCAGGCUGCCACCAGGAGAGAACAUCGACGACUGGAUCGCCGUGCACGUGGUGGACUUCUUCAAUCGCAUCAACCUCAUCUAUGGCACCAUGGCUGAGCGCUGCAGUGAGACUAGCUGCCCGGUCAUGGCCGGAGGGCCCCGCUAUGAGUACCGCUGGCAGGACGAGCGCCAGUAUAGGCGGCCUGCCAAGCUCUCAGCGCCGCGCUACAUGGCCUUGCUUAUGGACUGGAUUGAGGGCCUCAUCAAUGACGAGGAUGUCUUUCCCACUCGUGUUGGAGUUCCCUUCCCCAAGAACUUCCAGCAGGUCUGCACCAAGAUCCUGACCCGCCUCUUCCGUGUCUUUGUCCACGUCUACAUUCACCACUUUGACAGCAUCCUCAGCAUGGGGGCUGAGGCACAUGUCAACACCUGCUAUAAACACUUCUACUAUUUCAUCCGCGAGUUCAGCCUUGUGGACCAGCGGGAGCUAGAGCCACUGAGGGAGAUGACAGAGCGGAUCUGUCACUGAACCCAGGUCUGGAGUUGUUGACUGUCAGAUGGACCAUGUGAACACAGAGUGGCUGGAGAGAGAACCCUCAGUAGUCUGGUAGCAGAGAAAUCUGAAGUGCCUGGGACUCUUCCACACACACAAAGCCCCUGAACGUGUGGUUCUCAGGAGUCUGCCCACAUGCUCCUUGACUGCUUAUGAAUGGAGAAGGGGAGAGCUUAAAAGUGGUCAAACAGAAGGAAAAAAGGAGCUACAUCUCCACAUGAAGUCUAGGGGUGGGAUUGGCUAGGUUUCUGCUCCAAUACUUGACCCUUCCAUGGUGGUUCCCUUGCCUAUUUGGGGAAUGUGGAUGUGGUUGAGUGAUAGCAAGAAAGGUACUAGAGAGUGAGCAAUCUGUGUGAGUGAAUACAGAUGACUCUGAGUGUGUGUGAGUGUAUGUGUGUGUGUAUGUGGUUUUCACCGUGGGGUGUGUCUAUAAGAACUAGCUGCUUUAGAUCCUCCCUGGCACAUAGUAGGCCCUCCAUAAAUGUUAGGUAAAUGGAUGAAUGGAAGGAAGGAGGGAAGGAAGAGGAAGUUAAUAGGGAUUGGGACCACCAGACCACGACCACUGUAGGAGUGAUGACAGGUCAGCGUCCCCACUCUGACCAUGUGUAAAAGUGCACAAAAUGUGAUUGCAGAUGUAGCUCUAUAUUUUAACCUUUAGGCUACCGUCUUCCAUAAGCAUGAGUUCUGGGGAGCUAUAGGGAGGUAAGGAGGGGGUCUUGCCCUGGAUACCUACACCCCUGGCCCACCACGGACACACGUUCUGACUUGCUCAGCCAAAGAUACCCAGGAGCUAUCAUUUCACUCAUCGCUCUGCCUCCGGGAAAGCCUGAUUAUAGACAGCCUCUUGAGGGCUGGGGUUGAUCCCUUAUAUCCACAAAGGUCCUCUGGUCCCUAAACUGGAAAUCAUAUACUCCAAUCUAGCUCCCAGAAUCUGUAGACUUGGCUCUCAGGAUCUGAAGCCCAGCACAAAAUAAUCUUCCAGCCCAAGGAGCCAGUGGAACUUGAAUUGGGGAACUCCAGAGUCUUUUCUCCCAUCCCAGGACACUGAAGAUGUGUUACUAGUGAAUGGACCCUUCUAGGCUUGGAAAGCCCCCAUUCUGCAAGGACCUGCCUCCUUCCCAACCAUCCCUGAGACAAUCCAGCUGGUUGGAUAGCUAUCCACAGAGAAACUGUUGAUUUGACACUCCAUUACUCAGCACCGCCAUGCCCAGCCCUGUGCCCAGAUCCACAGGUGGGGAAACUGAAGCAGAAGCGGGCCCUCCCCUCCAAGAGCCUCUACACUGGGAGGCCAGGAUGGACAGCCACGAAGGGCCUAAGGAUUAUCCAGUCUCACAGAAUCAUCCGUGUACCUAGGAGGAAACGGAAGCCCUGGGGAAAGGAGGGAGAAACUGUCCAAGGCCUCAUAGCAAGGCUUUUAUGGAGUUGGAGUAGAAACCAGGGGUCCUGACUCCCACCUCAGGGCCUGUGGAUUGCUACAUAGGGAGGUGAGAUGCAUGUGGAAAGAUGGUCUGACAGCCCCUCUCUAGGGCACAACUAUUCCUGCUUUGAGCAAAGACUUCUAGUGAAUGCCAGAGUGCCCCACUGCCUCUCAGGUUGGCUGGGGCUGUCUGCUGAGCCAAGCCUCCAAAAUCAUGCCCCUCUCAGUGGCCCAGAAGCUGCCUGAUCUCUGGGGAAGUGUAUACGGCUCCUGAGGCCAGCCAGCUGGACCUGAGACAGCUGUCUCUGGAGAAGUUCCCAGGGGAAACACUGACCCAGCAGCUUUGCUGGAGGCUCUGGGUUGGGGUGGGGUCCAGGGAUCAGAGAUUCCCUCAGGGAGGACUGAGGACUGGAAGAUGGGUUCUAGGCCGUGGCCAGUGCUGACUGCAGAGGGGUUGGGGAGACGGGAAAUCUAUUUUUGUGAAACAGAGGGAAGACUUUAUUAUUGUUAUUUUUGGUAAAAUAAAGGAGGCAAACUAAA